AUGUCGAUAGAAAUGUUGCUGGCCGUGAAUUGUGGAUCAUCGUCCAUCAAAUUCAAGUUGUAUUCUUUUUCCGACCUCGAUGUUCUCAUAUCUGGGACAGCAUCCAAUGUGGAAGUCAAAGGGGCAAAGCCCUCGAUCAAAUAUAUUGUCUACGAUCAGGGAAAGGGCGAGGAGGAGAAAGUAAGCGAGGAGGAGAAGGAGGGCAUGUCAUACGAGGAUGUAUUCGAGCGGGUUAUUGCACUCAUCGAAGGUUCUUCUUCAAAACAUUUUGUUGAAACCGCGGGUUCCAAGUCGAAACCUCGUGUCCGGGAUCUAGUCAAAGUAGUUGCACACCGCGUCGUUCAUGGGGGCACUGCCGCCGAGCCUAUGGGGAUCUGGCCGGGGCAUGAACAAGGGUUGGAGGAAAUGGAUGCUCUUAGUGCAUUCGCCCCUUUACAUAAUCACUUCGCUGUUCAAGUCGUUCAGUUUUGUCUCAAGCACAUUCCCAAAGGGCGACAGAUUCUCCUCUUUGAUACAAUGUUCCAUUCGACUAUUCCUGCCCAUAUUUAUACGUAUCCUCUAGGGCCGAGCUCUGAGAAGACCCCUAUCCCCCUUCGAAAAUACGGUGCACAUGGUCUCUCUUACGCAUCCAUCCUUGACAAUGUCUCUUCAUACCUGAAUAAGCCAAAAGAACAAUGUACACUUGUCAUUGCUCAUCUAGGAAGCGGGGCCAGUGUUUGUUUGGUCAAGGAAGGGAAAAGUUGGGACACCAGUAUGGGUCUGACUCCACUUGAUGGCCUCCCAGGAGGCACCCGUACGGGCUCGGUCGACCCGGUUCUAGUAUUCCAUCACACGCCGAACGCUUCCGAGGGUGUUGAAAUACCGGGCGGACAUUGCGCACGUGGAGAAGUCGUUCUUAACAAACAGGGAGGACUCCAGGCCCUGGCUGGCACGUCAAACUUUGGGGAGAUCUCCUCCGCGAUAGAAGAGGGCGCGGGCGGCGAGGAGACGAGUGGUGCCCAGCUGGCUUACGACGUUUUCCUGGAUAGGCUCAUGAACUAUGUCGGUGCCUAUGUGGUCAAGGCAAAGGGACUCUCGUCAGGUUUAGACGCAAUUGUGUUUUCGGGCGGGAUCGGCGAAAAGUCCGUCCGCCUUCGAGCAGAUGUGGGGAAAAUGUUCUCCUGGAUAGGCUGUAAAGUGGAUCAAACUGCAAACGAAGCGGUGGGCAACGAUAAGCAAACGGUAACCGAGAUCACAGGGAAGGAUAGUGGCCUCCGAAUGUUGGUUUGCUUGACGGAUGAAGAAACUCAAUGUGCCAGGAUGGCCAAACAUGCGUAUGAGAGCAAGGAAAUGAAAUAA